AUGCCUUCAAAACCGUGGACACUUAUCUUCGUCCUUUUAAACUUGGCGCUAUGCAACUUGGCCCAAGGGGCGGGAACCCAAUUCAUCACGGGGGCAUGCACCAGUGACGCCGACUGCGCAUCUGGAUGCUGUGGCUUCAACAGCGGCAAAUGUGCGGGUCCGGUGGUUGCGCAGGAACGUGAUGGCGGAUGUGGCUUUGGAGACGCGCAACCCAACGACAACGCUGCGCAAGCUUUGACUGGCGGCGGCAGUGGUGCUGGUCAAACUGCAGCAUCAACAGCAGCAGCAGCCGUUCAAAGCGGCUCCAGCUCCAGCUCCGGCAUCGACAGCAACGCUCCCGGAGCUGCCAACGUGGGAACCAGCUCCGGAACCCAGUUCAUCACAGGCCAAUGCUUAAGCGACGCAGACUGCGCUUCCGGAUGCUGUGGGUUCAACAGCGGCAAAUGUGCCGGCGCCAUUAUUGCCCAGACGCGCGAUGGAGGCUGUGGCUUUGGCGACGCACAACCAAAUGAUAAUGCUGCACAGGCCCUUACUGGUGGUGCGGCGACAGCAACGUCGACAGCAGCCGCCGACGCUGGUACUGGGUCUGGAAGUGGCAGUGAUAGUGGAAGUGGUGCUUUUGCAACCGUCACAGCAGCCGCUUCAACCGCCUCAAUCAACAGUGCCGCUCCCGGUGCAGCCAAUGUCGGCACCGGCAGCGGGACACAAUUCAUCACGGGCCAAUGUCUCAGUGAUGCCGACUGCGCUUCCGGCUGUUGUGGGUUCAACUCGGGCAAAUGUGCGGGUGCCAUCAUUGCCCAGACUAGGGACGGCGGCUGUGGUUUCGGUGAUGCUCAGCCGAAUGAUAAUGCGGCACAGGCUUUGACGGGAAGUGCGCAGAGGAGGAGUCUGAAGAGGGCUGUCAAUGUGCAAGAGUUCAUGGCAUGA